ACCCGCCGCGCGGCCAGGCCACCGGCCAGCCUCUCUGCUUCUCUCUCCCCCUCUCUCUUCUCUCUCCCCGUCCUUUCUUACUCCGUUUUCCGUUAAAACCUUCGGUUCACGCUCGGUUUACCGUCGACCCCCCUCCCGGCCCUCCGGCGCAGCAGCAGGAGAACCGGACACCGGGCGGACAAACAGCCGGAUUACCGAGUUUCUGCCGUGAUUCUCCGCCCCGCAGCCCGCAGCGGGCCGCAACUUCCCCUCGGUCUGUUUCACUUUUUUUUUUUUUUUCACUUUUUCCCACCGACGGGGACGUUAACCAGACGGUGACGUCAGCCCCGUGAUAAGUGGCGGAGCAGCUGCCGCCGCCGUUACACCGGAGGAGACGACGUUACCCGUCUGUGUGUCCCGGUACCGACAGGCCCGGACCAGGACCAGGACCAGGACCAGGACGGCUGUUUCACGGGCUGAACUCUCUGCACCGCCGUCUGUCCGACUGUCUGUCUGUCUGUUUGUUUGUUUGGUUUUCUGAACGGAGAGAUGGGCACCGUGUAAACGGAACAGCGCGUGGCUUCCACGAGACUCACGGUUUCCUCUGGUCCGGUAGAGGUGGGGCGGGCGGAGCUGAGUGAUGGCGGGGGCGUCGGUGAAGGUGGCGGUGCGAGUCCGCCCGUUCAACUCCCGAGAGACUGGACGCAACGCCAAGUGUGUGAUCCAGAUGCAGGGAAACACCACCUGUAUCUCCAACCCCAAACAGGCCAAAGAUGGAGCCAAGAACUUCACAUUCGAUUAUUCCUACUGGUCACACACGACGGCGGAUGACCCCAGCUUUGCGUGUCAGAGGCAGGUGUAUAAGGACAUCGGAGAGGAGAUGCUGCUGCACUCCUUCGAAGGAUACAAUGUGUGUAUUUUUGCAUACGGCCAGACGGGUGCAGGGAAGAGCUACACGAUGAUGGGCAAACAGGAGCCUGGACAGGAGGGGAUCAUCCCACAGCUGUGUGAGGACUUGUUUCAGAGAACAGGAGAGAACACUGAUCCAGACCUGACCUACUCCGUGGAGGUGUCCUACAUGGAGAUCUACUGCGAGCGGGUCCGGGAUCUGUUGAACCCAAAGUCCCAGGGGACUCUGCGGGUCCGGGAGCAUCCCAUCCUGGGUCCCUACGUGGAAGAUCUGUCCAAACUGGCCGUGACCGGAUUCACUGACAUCCGGGACCUGAUGGACGCCGGAAACAAAGCUCGGACGGUUGCGGCCACAAACAUGAAUGAGACGUCGUCCAGGUCACAUGCUGUCUUCACCAUCGUCUUCACCCAAAAAAGACGAGACCAGAUGACCAGCCUGGACACCGAGAAGGUCAGCAAGAUCAGUCUGGUCGACCUGGCUGGAAGCGAGCGAGCGGACUCCUCGGGGGCCAAAGGCACUCGACUCAAGGAAGGAGCGAACAUCAAUAAAUCUUUGACCACGUUGGGAAAAGUGAUAUCAGCUUUGGCCGAAAUGCAGAGCAAUAAGAAGAGGAAAAGUGAUUUUAUUCCCUACAGAGACUCUGUUCUCACCUGGCUACUGAAGGAAAACCUGGGAGGGAACUCUCGGACGGCCAUGAUUGCUGCUCUAAGUCCUGCUGACAUCAACUAUGAAGAAACACUGAGCACCCUGAGGUAUGCUGACCGCGCCAAACAGAUCCGUUGUAACGCUGUGAUCAAUGAAGAUCCAAACGCCAAACUAAUCAGAGAGCUGAAGGCUGAAGUGGAACAUCUGAGAAACCUGUUGUUCUCCCAGGGCCUGCAGGAGCUGCUGGACAACGCCGUCAACAACAACAACAACAACGGCCCCGGCGGUGUUGCAGGUGUGUCCCCCUCCCCGCUGAAGCUUGCACUCACAGCCAAUGGGCUCGCACAGAAUAAUGGCUCCGCCCCUUCAGGUGCUGAGCCGGCAUCUGCAGGCGGCGCGCCUGCUGACCCUGACCACCUGAUCGAGGACGGAGAGGAAGGAGACGAGGCGGAGUCUACGGAGCCAAUCAGUAAAGAGGAAGCGGCGGAGAGGCUGAUGGAGACGGAGAAGAUUAUCGCAGAGCUCAACGAGACGUGGGAAGAGAAACUAAGAAAGACAGAAUCUAUUCGUCUGGAGAGAGAGUCCCUGCUGGCAGAGAUGGGCGUGUCCAUUAAAGAAGAUGGAGGAACGCUGGGCGUCUUCUCUCCUAAAGGAACGCCUCACCUGGUCAACCUGAACGAAGACCCUCUGAUGUCCGAGUGUCUCCUCUACUACAUCAAGGAGGGAUUCACCAGGGUUGGACAGCAGGAUGUGGACAUUAAGCUGUCCGGACAUUUCAUAAAGGAGAUUCACUGUGUGUUUGUCAGCGAGAUCAACGAUCAGGGAGAAGCUCAGCGGUGUGAGGAGACACUUCUGCUGAGGAGGAGAGGAACAUCGACGACUUCAGGACGGCUGUCAAAGGAAGAAGAAGCAUGA